AUGCACUUUAUGACUGCAGGGAGCCCACAGUCUCUCUCUACGCCAAGUUGGAAAGUUGAGACCCGGUACUCCACCAGAGUGCUCAUGGGAAACUGGGAAGAAGAAAGAAGGAAGUUCACCAGAGCCACUGAGAAAACCCCCCAGUGCAUUUACAGAAGCGAGUUCAUCCAUUUCUUGGGCUACAGACCCGACCAGAUGUCCAGGUGGGCCUUGAAGAGAAGAAACGAGGGGCUCCCAUACAGAUACCUCAUUGCCCGCCAGCCUCAGCCCUCACAGUGCCAUCUCAUCAGCUCCUAUGAUGACCACUACAACCGGCACAAUUACAACCCAGGACAGCCCAGUUGCCGUGUCUGGAACAGACACAAGAAUGCUUGGGUCCCUGAGAGGAACGACUCCCUACUUCUCGCUCCUCCCACCAACUAUGGACUCUAUGAGCAGCUACGGCACAGCUGGCUAGUCCCUGAGGGGCACCCUAGGACCAGUAUCUACACCACAUCCUACCCAGCACCUCCGCUGAGUGCCUUGUCCAGGAAGCACGCUGUCCCCAUUGUGUUCCCUCAAUUCAAGCCCAUCUCACAUUUCUAA